AUGGAUUCUAUGGAUAUAGAUCUGCCGAUGGAAAUACCUCAAGUGGAUGAUAAAGUCGAGGUAAGCUUAAAGGGUCGUCUUUGAACAGAGCCUUGCAAGGCAUUUGAGAUAUUCAAAUUUCCGCCAUUGACACAUAUGUAGUUAAUGAAUGCUGAAUUACCAUCGGAAAUUCCAAAUGACGUUCCACUUACAGAACCGACUGAGGCUCCGAUUGAAGCACCGAUUGAAUUCUUAUCCGACGCCCCAGAAUCACAAAAGUCCAAACCUACAGCUUCUAAAUCUAAGAUAUCAAACAAUGCGCCUGGUUACCGAUACAAGUACCCGGAGGCCAAACCGACACCUCCCGGUGUAGACGAUGACAGAUGGAACAAGAUCUACGUUGCUGCAGAUUCUCGGUUCUAUAACAGAGCUAAAAAGAAUGCGUCUGAAUCUAGAAAGAUCAGACUAACUGGUGAAACUUAUCAACUCGCUCUCAGAAUCUUGAAGGAGAGGGACGAGAAGGAAGCUGAAGCCGCGGCAGAUUUGGCUGCUGGCAUUGUACCUACUCCGAAAAGAAUUCCCAAACCCAAACCUCCACCAAGGCCAAAAGCUCCAUCUACAAGCUCCCGGGACGGCACACCGAGUUUCAAUGAUAGGGUACCAUUAAGUAUCUCCGAGCAAAUCAAAAGUGAAGGCCGUGCUCGAAAGACACUGCCGCCUUCUAGCCAAGGCUCUCCUGGACCACCUGGUCCUAAGCAUAGCAGUCCUGUGCCAUCACAAAUGAAGUCUGAGAAGGCCGAGAAAUCACUACCAAAGAAAAAGAGUACCGUUACUUCUACCAAGAAAGCCCGACCUAAGGGGGCCAAGCCCGAAGGUAACAUCCCCCGCCACUGCAACGCUAAGCAUGGUCCUUUCACAGACUAACACAUUUGGACAGGCCCUACAGAAGCUAGAUCACAACGCAACAGCGCCACUCCUGGACUAAGAAACCCUUCCGACGACGAUGACAGCAACGAUGGCGGCGAAUACUGUAUAUGUCGCGGUCCUGAUGAUCACCGCAUGAUGAUUUUUUGUGAGGGAGGUUGUCAAGACUGGUACCAUUGCUCAUGUAUCGAUGUUGAUGUCGAGGACGCGAAAGAACUCCUUGAUCGAUUUAUUUGUCCAAAUUGCAGCUCUGAAACCGAAUUUACCACCUGGAAGCGAAUUUGCAGGUAUCAUAACGUUGAUGGAUGUCGGAAGGCUGCUCGUGUCAUGGAUGAUCCACCCAGCAAGUAUUGCAGCGACGAGCACGCAACUGCAUUUUGGGAAUUUGUUGCUGAAAAAUUACGGGCCAAUAAAAAACGUACCAUCGGUGGAGCCUUGAGCGGCGAAGAGUUUGGAGCAUUAUUGAGUUCAUGUAAGACAGCAACGGAUUUCCAUGCUCUGGGUUCGAGACCGAAGUUGCCAAUACCUGAAGGCCACGACCUAGGUCAACCACUGGGUCUCAAUUAUCUGCUGCCCGAAGAAGAAUCUGCCAUAAGCAAGAUUAAGGCCAGACGCACAAUCAUUGAACAACGUAUUGAAAGUUUCAAAACAGCUCAAAAACUUUUGAUCAUGAUGAACCGGCGCGCCAAGAUCGCACAAGAACACCCAGAUGUUGAUGUCAAGGAGAUUUGCGGGUAUGAUAAUCGCCUCGCCCUGAACGAGUAUGAGUUCGGCGCUUGGUGUGCAAGUGAAGAAGGCAAAGGCUAUCUCGCUACUGGGGUUCUUGGUCCUCGUACCGAGGAAACAAAGCAUAUUGGCGAAACUACUCCAUAUCCUGGUCAAGUGAUUCCCGAUACAGGAGAUCUACCUGAUGAGCUAAAGAAUCUGUGUAUCAAGCCUCUCAAGAAAUGUAAACACAACGGCUGGCGUGGUAAUCAUGCAGAGCAAUACGCCUAUGCAACAAAGACUUUGACGGAAGAACUUGCCAAGUUGAGUAAACAAGAGGCUUCAAUAAUUGAAGAUGCGGAAACUAGAGAAGCUACCAAGGAUUACAAUGCUGAAAACACGGUGGAGCAACUUUUUUAAACUGUAGUUGUUGCUUGCUUUCUUACUCUGCUACCUUUUGGCUCUGGAGUUGUCUCGAGGCGUUUGGGGUACAGUUUACAAGGCUAGGGAUAUGCAUGGUAUGGAGAAAUUGGGAACAUCAAACGAGGGCUGAAUUGGCGUUUUGAACUAAGGGCAUGAUGGUACAUAUACCCGGACGGAGUUUGCAUGUUAAUAAGACCUAUCCAAUGUACCCACCGCCACAACCUCAAAUAUGCACAUCAUGAUGAUUGUAUUGGUGAUUUAAUAAAACAUCCACUCAAACUAAGAUACCUCAACCUCAAACUCAUCAUCCCCCUCAUUCCUCACCCAUCCACC